CAUUUGCGCAUGCGCAGACGUGCGGGACUGCUUUGAGCGGGUCGCGAACUCUGACCUCCUGUAGCUGCAGUGAGCCGUCAGUUUACGCGAAUUUAUCAAAACAUCACAGUAUUUGGAUAAUUUCUCACGCGUUCAGGGUGGGCGUGUGACUGAUGGGGCGUUGCUGAGCCUUGGUUCUGACAGAAGGGUAUCAUGGAAGGAGAAAGUCCCAGAAUUCAGCUGGUGUCUGCAGAUGGGGGCCUGCAGAUUGUGACGGAGCAGCAGUUGGCUCAGAAGGUGCAGAUAGUCACAGCCAUUGAUCAGGCUGGAGCCGGCAAGCAGCAGUUUAUAUUAGCUAACCUGGAUUACCCCAACCAUGAGAAACUGUUCAUCAAACAGGAGAACUCACCAGCCAAGGUCAUCUUGACUUCUGCCGAUGGGUCAGCUGUCAAUCAACUGCUUUUUGCGUCACCUGAGCUGACAGGACAACAAAUCCAGUUUGUGACGGAGGGCUCAGAACAGGGCUCUACGAAGCCUCCAGUGGAGUAUUGUGUAGUUUGUGGAGACAAGGCCUCAGGUCGUCAUUAUGGAGCAGUGAGCUGUGAGGGCUGUAAGGGUUUCUUCAAGCGCAGCAUCAGGAAGAAUCUGGUGUACACGUGCCGCGGGUCUGGAGAAUGUGUCAUCAACAAACACCAUCGAAACCGGUGUCAGUACUGCAGACUGCAGCGCUGCAUGACCCUCGGCAUGAAACAAGACUCUGUUCAGUGUGAGAGGAAACCGGUGGAGGUGUCGAGAGAGAAGCCAGCAAACUGCGCACCCUCCAUCGAAAAGAUCUACAUCCGUAAAAACCUCUGCAGUCCUCUCGCUGCCAUGCCAACAUUUGUUAGUGAAAAAGAGACUACCAGGUCCACCAGUUUACUGGACUCAAACAUGCUCUUGAACAUCCAGCAGUCUCUUUCCAAACUUGACAACACCAUUUUAAUUCCUUCUUCACCAGAUCAGAAUGAUUCUAGUCAAGGAGAUCUGGGUACCUUGGCCAACGUGGUCACGUCUCUCGGUCACCUCAGCAAAAGUCGGGAGAUGAUGGACAGCAGUACCGACCUAUCGGGGAUAGAGACCAUGAGUAACGAUGACAGCGUUAUGAUGGACAUUCAAAGGGAUGAGUCGAAUGACGUCACACGGGCCUUUGACACGCUCACAAAGGUGCUUCAGCCUGGGGAGGUUUGUGGGGAAGAGAUGGCUGAGGGGGCUGUCAGGGUUGAUGAACAGACCACCGCCCUACUGGAACUGGAAGGACCGCUGCUCUCAGAUAUGCAUGUGCCCUUUAAGCUGAUGAUGCCGCUGCCCCUGCCAGACUUCCUGAGUCUGAAUUACAUCUGUGAAUCAGCUUCCCGUCUGCUUUUCCUCUCCAUGCACUGGGCACGCUCUAUUCCAGCUUUCCAGGCCCUUGGCUCAGAGAACAGCAUCACGCUGAUGAAGGCCUGCUGGAAUGAGUUGUUUGCUUUAGGCCUGGCUCAGUGUUCACACAUUAUGAAUGUAGAAACAAUCCUCACAGCCAUAAUCAACCACUUACAGACCAGCCUGGAUGAAGGUUUUUCUGCAGUUCACAGCACUAAUUCACUGACAAGAACAAGGGAAAGGACAAAAGAGACCUAA